CGGCGGUGAGAAGCAGUGGGGUCGCCGAGGUCCGCGCUUGCUCGCCAUUGUCGCUGCUGGUGCGCGGGGGUUUGCGCCGCGGGCGCCCGGGGCAUGUCGCUGGGCGCCGGGUCGCGCUGCUGCUGCAGGAGGAGCUUCUGGGCAGGCGGCUGCGGGUCGCCGCCGGGAGCUUCCCGCUGGGCUGAGAGACUCGGCUGGGGCGCGGCGGCGGCGGCGGCGCUGGCCGGGCUGGGGCUGGCCCGGCGGGCCGAGAUGGAGCAGCAGAGCAGCAGCAGCAGCUGCGGCGGGGGCAGCUGGCCGGUGGCGGCGGCCGGGAGGCGGAGGACGACGACGAGCUGGCGCUGCCGCUGCGAGCGCUUCAUGGCGCCGCCGGUGAGCGGGCUGGGCGAGCUGCGCGACCGUCGCGGGGCCAUGCGGAGCCGCAUGGAGCUGCUCAUCAUGGAGACGCAGAGCCAGGUGUGCAGCGCCCUGGCCCAGGUCGACCGCGGCGCCCAGUUCACCGUGGACCGCUGGGAGAGGAAGGAAGGUGGGGGAGGCAUCAGCUGCGUACUGCAGAAUGGAGAAGUCUUUGAGAAGGCCGGAGUUAAUGUGUCUGUUGUUUUUGGACACCUUUCUGAAGAAGCAGCUCAACAGAUGAGAAGCAGAGGGAAAACCCUGAAGGGCAAAAGUGGAAAACUGCCUUUUUGUGCUAUGGGAGUCAGCUCCGUUAUUCAUCCAAAGAACCCUCAUGUUCCUACCAUACACUUCAACUACAGAUACUUUGAAAUUGAGGAGGCCGAUGGUACGACACAGUGGUGGUUUGGUGGUGGAACAGACCUCACUCCAACUUACUUGGACAAAGAUGACGCCGUUCAUUUCCACAAAACCCUGAAGGAAGCUUGUGAUCGGCAUAAUCCAGAGCUGUACCCCAAGUUUAAGAAAUGGUGUGAUGAUUAUUUUUAUAUCAAGCACCGAGGAGAACGACGAGGGAUUGGAGGCAUAUUUUUUGAUGACCUGGACUCUCCUUCAAAAGAAGAAGUCUUUCAGUUUGUGCAGAGUUGUGCCAAAGCCAUUGUGCCUUGCUAUGUUCCCAUUGUGAAGAAGCACUGCCAUGACAAAUUCUCACCAGAGGAAAAAUUGUGGCAGCAGAUCCGCAGAGGGAGGUAUGUGGAAUUCAAUCUUGUUUAUGACAGAGGUACUAAGUUUGGACUUGCAACACCAGGAUCUAGGAUUGAAAGCAUUCUUAUGUCUUUGCCACUCACUGCCAGGUGGGAAUACAUGCAUUCUCCUCCAGAGAAUUCCAGGGAAGCUGAAAUCCUAGAAGUUUUGCGCCAUCCAAAAGACUGGGUUGCCUGACGAGCUGCGUCGGCUGCACACAGCCAGCCAUGAAGACGACACAAACUCCUGCCUGCUUGCUCAUCAAACUGCCAUUGUGUGGCAGUUAAUUUUUUUUAUCUACUUAAUCUCUUAUCAUGUGCCUUAGAAAUAGUGUUUCAAUUUUGUUAUGUGUAAAUAUCCAUUUUAAAAGCCACAAGCUGCUCCAUUAGCAGUUUCUUGGUGAGAGGCUCACUUGACCAUUUGUACUGGUAUGAUACACUGCUGAAAAUGUAAUGGGCUUGGUGCAGAAGGCAGCACGACCAGGGGAGACGCACUCAAAAUGUGGUCGGCACACACUGCCCUAAAACUCUGCACCAGCUCCUAAGGUUUAGACCCAAAGCUGUUUUUUCAGGAAUCUCCCUUGAUUUACCCUCCUAAUUGGCAUGAUUCUUUUAUAGGCUAUCUUAGCCCAUUUCAGCAGUUGAGAGUUGCUUUCUCUUUAAAUCCACUUUGUGUCCUAUGGAGUCAUGUAUUUUAAAGCGGGUUGCUUGUACUUUUGAUCUGCAAUAAUUUUCUUGAAUGAGUAAUAUGAUGGGGAAAUUUUUGCUACGAGAACACUGUAAAAUAAAUUUGCACAGUGGUUUCCUGUCACUAGAUAACCAGUUGAGGUUCCUGUAAUAUGUGUUCACAAACCAUACUGCAUAAAUUACCUUAUAUAAAGGUACAAUGCAUUAUGUUUGGGAAAGGGCCUUAGCUCACUAGUGAAGCAGAUCCUUUGCAUCCAGAAGUUCAAUCCCUGGUUUCUCCUGUAGGGAAGAGGGAAUCCUUUUGUGUGUGAAACUCUGGAGACUAGCCUCUGUCAGUCAUUGUUGUACAAUACUGAGUUAUAUUGACUAAGGAUCUGAUGUUGUAUCGGGCAGCUUCCUAUGUUCCCACGUAUUUGAACAUGUGCAAGUGUGCAACAUUUGCCCAGCAGAUGCACAGACUAAGUAACAUUUCUCACUUGCUGGAUGAAUUUUUUCAACAUUUGCCCUCAAGAAGCCUUAACCUAGUCCAAGGGAGGAGUUUCUACAGGACCAGAAGCAUGGCUAAGAGCAGGCACCCCCAAACUGCGGCCCUCCAGAUGUUUUGGCCUACAACUCCCAUGAUCCCUAGCUAACAGGACCAGUGGUCAGGGAUGAUGGGAAUUGUAUCUGGAGGGCCAAAGUUUGGGGGUGCUUGGCUAAGAGCACCUGAAUAGGGUUGGGCAGUGACAGCUUGGACCAAUUUUAGAAGUUGUGCACUCUUUGUAUUUCCCACAUUUGUAAAUAAAAUGAAAAAGCUGCACGGAAUAGAAUGCAUACCUUUCGAUUUUCAGUUCUGUCUCGUAUUAACAACAUUUGCAAGUGAUUCAUUCCAAACCUAAAAGUGGGCCUAGUGACACCUGGAAAACAACCGUAGACAUGUGAGGCAGAAAGCUUAUUUUUAUACCACAUCUCAGCCCAAAAGGCUCCCAAAGCUUCAAUUCAUUCAAAUUGAUCCUGUCUGGGUUGGUAGAAUGUACUGUAGGGAUGUGUGGCAAUAAAAGAAUGUCAGCUGAGGAUGUCUUAAAACGAGCUAAACAUACUUCUGUCACAUCAGAUUUAUGAAGAAAGGAUUGUCUGAUCUCAGGUUUACUGCACCUGCACCUUGUCAUGAAAGGCUUUUCUUAAACACCAAGGUGAGGAAAUGGCCCUAUGCCUAUGGUAUGAUGUUCUUCUGCUUGCAUUAUAGCGAAGGUCACAUUACAUUUUUGGUCAAUGAGCCGGAGUGCUCUUCCUUAGAAUUUUAAGUGGUUUGUUUGCUUGUUUGUUUUUGGCAACGCAUUCAGUUGUCUCCCUUACUAGAAACCUAGGAGCAGAGGUGUAACAUUCAUGAUCUGUUGGCCAUGCUGGCUAGGGCUGAUGAGAGUUGGGCCACAAGUAAACUCCCCUCUGGAUUUAAAAAUUUCAGUAGUAUAUUCUGCACUACACUAUGCACUAGUAUAUUAUAACAUGUUAUAGUAUAUACACUUGGGAGUAAACCCGCUACAACUCAGUGGGGCACUUCAGAGUAAACAUACAUGGGAUAUUUGCCCUAAGCUUUAUGGGUUGCAGAAAAUGGAUCAGCUCUUUUGUGCAAAAGUUAGUUCCGUGUUUGUGUGCGAGUGUGUGUCUUGAAAUGUUCCUCAGUUUUUUUUACCCAGUGCAGAAAAUGGAGGAAUCUGCAGCAAUGGAGAAGCUGGAGGAGUCAGAGGAAUUCCAAAGGCUGCUAUGUUUUAUAGAUUUGACCUAAUCCUUGAUGAUGUUCUGCCUCUAACAACAUUUGAAAGUUCCCAGCAUCAUGUGCUAAGCGUGUUGCUUGAUAAGUGCUCCAAUGCAGUAGGCAAUGCUAUGAUUGUUUACGUUGCUACCUUUUGAAUCAGAAAAAAAAAUGCACUAGUGUUAGUUGGCUGUAACUAUUUGAAAUACUGCUCAAGAAAAAGAUUUGCACAACAGUGUUUUCGAUUUCUUCCAAGAUUUCUCCCCACCCCAAUCAUUUAAAACUCCUGGUUUAAAAGGGGAAUUUCCCCCCUUGAUUUUUUCCAUGUCUUCCAUUCUCCCUCCUGCACAGCCUUCAAAUCUACAAAACCUAAUAACUUAUUUAGUGCUCUUACAAAAUGCUGUUGACUUUUAAUGUUCUGUUUGGCAGCAGAACUUUUUUGUGAAACUGAAUAAAGCGGCUGAGGCUACAAAACAAAUCUGUGUGCUGGUCAUUUUUCUUUCAGGCUUUAAGGAGCUAUGUUUUCUGGCAAUCAUCACAGGUGAUGAAAAGUCAUGAGUAGGUAGUUAGUAAUUUAAGUGGUUUAUUCUAUAGAAAAUACAAAGGCAAUGUGAAGAUGGGGACCUUCCCAGGAUUGGAUUCCUCAUCGGUGGUCUUGCAUGCACAUUGAUCUGAUGGUUCUUGGGCCCCUGGUGUAGCUCAUGCCAGCCUGGUGGGUUCCUCCCUGGGCUUGUGAGCAGGUAAUUCUUCCUACCCCUCAUCCAAUGAAGCUCCUCUAGGACAUCUCAGAACUCAAGACACUUGAGAACCACCCAGAUAACUUCAUUUACUCAUGCAUCCUUCAUGGGACACUUGUUCUAUAUAACUUGGUUGUUUAUAUAAAAUCAUGUAUAUGUAAUUAUAUAUAUUUUGAAAGUUAUCAAUCAGGCUGCCCACUAUUGUACCUCGUAUUCAAAAGCA